GUCACCGGCCCUGUUGCGGGUGAAACCAAACUCGGAUGGCACCCAAGAAGCGACCGGCAGCGAAGAUCGAAUCGAAGAUCUCCAUCACUGGUGGGAGCUACAUUGAGGAACAUGGUCUCAAAGAAUUGCUGGAGAAAGUCUUAUCCGAGAUUGAGGAGAAAAAGCCCAGUGAUCCAUUGAAGGCCCUACACACUUUGCUAGAAGAGACAUGUGGAGCAAAGAAAGUCAAGAAGGACUCUGCCUCUUGGACCGCCUUUCCUUCGCCGGGCGAAGCCGUGUGGCGCCAGGAAGCACAGGCCAGAGCCCGCCUAGUCAUGGAGGGCACCUUCCCUGGCAAGGCUGAGAUCGUUUGCAACGGCCACGAGCCACGGAGAUUCCCGGUGGAUCCCAAGGAUACGGCUCUGGUCCUGAUCGACAUGCAGUGGGACUUCUUGGAGCCCACGGGCCGCGUCGGUCAGCACUAUUCAGACCUCACAUCGGUGCGUUCCGGCAUGGACGGCUGUGAGAAACUCUUGGAACUCUGUCGCGAGAACGGCUUCACCAUUGCACACAGCCGGUCCCAUCGCUAUGGAACACUGGUGAAAUCAGAGUUGGUGGGCACAGAUGAUGAAGGCUAUGAGCUCCAUCCCCGCUUCCCAUCCCCGCUUCCCCGAGCCAAGGUAGAUAAGUGGACCUAUGGUGCCUUUGCAUCCACCCACUUGGAAAGGGAGCUCAUGGCUCGCGGCGUGAAACGAAUUUUGUUGUGUGGUGUGUUGACCAACGUUUGUGUUUUUGCGACCGCAUCACAAGCCGUGGAUCGCCUCAUUUCGGUGUGUUUGGUGGAAGACGCGUGUGCUGCCUUCAGCUUUGAUUGGCAUAAGAAGGCCUUGGGCCUGAUCAACGAGCCCCAAAUCCAGCCGGGUCACAAGCGCGGCGUGGGGCUCUACUUCGGCGAGAUCACGCAGGUGGAAAAGGUUGAGGCGGCCUUGAUCCUUGGACCAAUACGUUCGUGGCCUGCUCCUUGUGAAGCUGAGGAUGUGUUCCAUGCAUGCUUCGAUGAGACUCACAGCUGUGCCAAAUGCUGCGAUCCCACCAAAGGUCCUUCGGGCGAUGCGACUUGCUGGGCUGGGUGGAAAAACUACAACACGUGCUGUGGUUUGUCCUCGCGACAUUGGGCCGGUUGUGGCUGGCGAGGAGGGGAUCUUUGGGCACACGAGUAUUUUUCGCUUGAGCCUCCAAGGUUGGGCAGUGCUGCUCAAUGCCAUCAUCGAUGUGAAGAGGAUCCUGGCUGCGGUGGUUGGACGCACUUCCCUGGAGACUGGGAACCCAUUGGUUGCAGGCUACCCGUGGCGGCCAUCUUCGCACUGCGACGGGUUUGCAUCCUGAGGGUGACGGUAGAGGCACCGCCCACGCUGCAUGCUGGAAUCGUUUGGGGAUAUCGAGACUGUGAAGAGCCAGAUGGCUGCGUCCGAUACGGGGUAGAUCAGCUUGGACAGGAUGCUGCAUUCUUGAAGGAAGUGCCCAGCCUCGCUGCAUGUCGUGCGCGUUGUCAGGAGAUGGAGGAAUGCAAAGUUUUUUCCUACUUUCCCGACAGCUACGUUGGCGAUGCGAGACUGGAGUGUGUGAUGCCUCUGGGUGUGCUCCAAUGGUGGCGAAGUCGGUGUUUGUUAAAGGCCGGUAGCACUGAGCAGCCACUGAUGCUGCCAGUGGGCAAUGUCGCUUCUGGCAGCCGCCAUUGCUCACCAGCCAGGCCGUGGCUACGAUGGGCGAAUGAGUCCAUUUGGGAUGAUGUGCUAGCUGUGGAUGGAGACUACAGACGAGAGAAGUGCGUUACAAGGCAGCCUUGGCGGGUAGAUCUAGAUCCGGAAUAUAUUGUCACCCGUGCCAUGCUGUGGACAGGAGACUUUGCCAACAUGCCUUUUCGCCAGCCCUUGACCUACAUGGUAGUGCUGGUGGCUAACGACGAGGAGAUCCUUUGCGGGACAUCUUAUGAAAAUCUGGGUGGCAAUGCAAUGACGAUUCAGUGUCCUAAGCCCAGUUCCAACUUAGAUGAACCCCCAGGUGUUGUGGUCAUCGAUUCCACAGUGAAUGUGGGGAACGUCGGGAAGCUGGAUCAGAUCCUCUUGAGGCUUGAGAAGUUGGACAAGAAUUAUGGAUAUGUCCACAAGUCCAUUGAGGCUUUGAGCCAGUCGGUGGAUCGCUUGACCGGCCAUGUGAGCCAUGUGUCAAAAAACACGGCUGACUUGGAGAUCGCUGAAAAGCGAAACUCCAGGAAAUCCAUGUCACCGGCACCAGUGACGAGAAUGCGAAAUAGCAAACCUGGCACAGUUCUGAGCCUGGUGCAGAUGCAGUCAGACUGUUUUCAGGAGAUUGUUAUGGCCGGUUAUAUCUCUCACAGGAGAAGUGACGACGAUGAAGGUUACCCUAUCCUUUUUGUUCAUCAAUUGUCAGGCUUGGGCCCUGCUUGCGACACCUCCAGAUCUCCACGAUCCCUGCGAUCCGUGCGAUCUGUGGUCUCCGUCGUUCCACCUGAUGUGCCCGCAGGAAAAAUGACAGAGGUGGACUUGCCUGGGUUGUUGCAGUGCCGCCCCGAAAAUGAGGCGAAAAUUCCAAACACCAGCACUUCGCAUGCUCCAAUGCAUACGAUGAACGAGGAAUCGCAAACGCACAUCCUGGGGUCUACGAGCCUGUGCUCCUCACUAGAAGAUGAUGCUCCACUGGAUGCAGGCUCAAGAUUGAUUCUGGCAUUCAACUCAAUGCUAUAUCUUGCUCUAGGCAUACCAUUGGUAUGUGUACUUAGCUUGGCGGUGGCAUGCGGCGGUGUUGUCUGUCGGUCGGAUACCGGGUUGGCGUCAACAGUGCUUGAGAGCAUCAUCUAUGGCAUUGCGGCCAGUCUUUGUGUACGCCACAUGACAAGGGCCUUGCACUCGAAGAAUCUGAAGCUGGCAACUGGUCGAUUACACGCUUUCGUCGCGGAGUUCAAAGUCGAUUGGCGAGAGGUAUCUGGGCAAGAGGGCUGCAAAUACCUUUGCAUGUGGCUCUUGGUGGUUCUCAUCAUCAUUGUGGCUCGUUGUUUGGGUAUUUGGUGGCUUUUGACUUCAGAAGAUUUCUCCUGGGCAUGGACACAUGUGCUGCCUGCCAGCCUGAAGAUUUGUUCCCUUCUGGUCUAUGCCUUGUCCUCCGGUUUGCUGACGGCUGCAGCCUACACGCAGUCGUAUUUGCUGCUUGGAUUGGACAAGUCUUUGGACUGUUGGUGCUCCCACUUGAUGGCAAUGCCAGAAUUUCAAGAAGGUGUCCGGAGCUGGAAUGUCCUGCAGGCUCUGCUGAAGUGUGUCGGAAGGGAACUAGCUGGGAGUUUCUUAAUCCUCCAGGGUUUUGGGUAUCUCUGCUUCAUUUUCUUCUUGGUCAGUGGCAUCGUCCUCAUCUUCAGCAAUGACUUUGAAGCUUUGCCGCUGAUGGUGGAGGUUUUGUCGGGUGUUCCUUUGCUCUUCCUAUCGUGCUUGAGCCUACGUUUGUCCGCGCAUGGGGCCGCGCUCACGGAGAAGUGCCGGGCCAUCCCAUCUUUUGUGAACCAGAUCCCAGGCAAGCUGAUCGAUCAAGAAAGGCAAUACCUCGUGAGAUUCAUUGAAGAUAGCUCCGCUGGUUUCUUUGUUAGAAAUGUCAAGCUCACCCAAGAGAUGGUCAUGAAACAGGUCUACAUUGUCGGAGCCUUGCUGUCAGUCAUUGUUCGUAGCAUGGGGGCCACUGAAGGCUUCUCACUUUGCGAGUUGGAGUUGCCAGGCGGGUGGCCCCCAUUCCAUGUAGCAACUUGCUGCAGCAGUCCUGGAUUUUGCAUGGUCGUCGGCUUCAGCUCUUUGGUUCUGGCGAAGCCCGUGUGGCCCCGCUGGAGGGGGCUGGUGAAGCCUGUGAACGAGGGGGCGGAAAGCAGCUCCCAAACUGGGCCCCGCGCGCGGCGGUCAGCAACGAUGGUUUGGGCAAGGAAGCUGGGUCAGCGGAAAGGGGCGAUCCUUCUGCUCUCAGCAGUAUGCUGGUGCCUCUCUAGCAGAGGUUUUGUCCCACCAGCUGGCGUGGCGCCACCACCCACGCCACCACUUCAAUGGUCUCCGAUGAUGGCAGCCGCAUCCGGUGCGGCCCUGUUAGCCCCGGCAGCGUUGGCCGACGAGCCAGACAACACCAUCAAUCCAACUGAUGCCAUUGUGCAGGCCUUCGCCUUAACCUUUGUUUCUGAAAUUGGCGACAAGACCUUUUUCAUUGCCGCCAUUUUGGCCGCAGGCUCCUCUGCCGCUGCCGAAGGAGUGAGUCAAAAGGUGCUCACCUUUGUUGGUGCCAUUCUUGCUUUGGGAGUCAUGACCUUCAUUGCCGUUAGCAUCGGCCAGAUCUUUCACGCGGUUCCGGAUGCAGCUGGUGGUCUUCCGUUGGAUGACUAUGCUUCAAUCCUUGCGUUCGGCUACUUCGGCGUCAAGCUGCUGCUGGACGCUUCCACCAUGGCCGAUGACGGCAGCAUCUUAGCUGAAGAAAAGGAGGAGGCCGAAGAGGCGGUGAACGAGUCACUGCCCGAGUGGGUCACCAAGUUGGCUUUGCCCACUCUGGUGAUCCAGGCCUUCCUCCUGGUCUUCGCCGCGGAAAUCGGUGAUCGCUCCUUCAUCUCGGCCGCGGCGCUGAGUGCCCAGGGCGGCCCGGAAGGCGCCGUGGCCGUGUUUCUCGGCUCCAUUUCGGCCCAUGGCGUGGCCACUCUCCUGGCGGUGGCGCUGGGAGAUCUCAUUAGCACCUAUGUUUCGGAGAAGACGUUAACCUACAUCGGUGGUGCCUUGUUCUUGCUCUUCGCCGCCACCUCAACGGCCAACGUGGUCAAUGCCCUCUGA